AUGAGCCCGACGAAGCGAAAAAGUCGAGAUACCGAGGACUCUGAGUGCCACAGUGAAGAUGUUGAGGAAGAAUCAGCAGGUGUUAAAAAGUCGGCUCCUACACGAAGAGGUAUGGGCUCCAAGAGAAGUCGUUCAACUGAAGUGCAUAAUCUAUCUGAAAGGAGACGAAGAGACAGGAUCAAUGAGAAGAUGCGUGCAUUACAAGAACUCAUACCAAAUUGCAAUAAGGUGGAUAAAGCUUCAAUGCUGGAUGAGGCAAUUGAGUAUAUUAAAACCCUUCAACUCCAACUUCAAGUACUCUUUCUCUCUAUUCUUUUUACGCAGAUAAUGUCAAUGGGAGCUGGUUUAUAUAUGCCUACGAUGAUGUUACCUGCGGGAAUGCAGCACAUGCAUGCACUGCAUAUGGCUUCUUUAGCACCUAUGGAUGUUGGCAUGCAAAUGGGUGGAAUGGGUUAUGGAGUGGGCAUGCCUGAUGUUAAUGGUGGAUCUUCUAGAUUCCCAAUGGUUCAGGUACCCCAAAUGCAAGGAACUCAUCUUCCUAUUGCACAUACUUCUGUACCCACUUCUUUACAUGAGAAUCGUCAAGUGUUUGGGUUUCCUGGUCAGGGAUUCCCCAUGCCAAUGCCACGUGCUCCAUUAGUUUCUUUUCCAGGAGAGCCUCUUAUGAAGUCAUCAACUUUAGGACUAAAUUCCAGUGGAACAGCAGGACUUAUGCAAACUGUGGAUUCUGCUUCAGCCUCCACCUUAAAGGAUCCAAUUCCAAAUAUGAACUCACAAGUUGUGCAAAACAAUGGCUGUAAUUUAACAAGUCGGAGGUCUACGCAGUGUGAAGCAACAAUUGACGGAUUUGAACACUCGAAUUCGGUAUAUAAUAGUGGUAAGGCAAAUGACAGUGGUGCUGAUAAUCCCAGUAAAGAAGAUAAUCUUGUGCUUGAUAAAUCUUGUGAUGAUUGA